GACACAGCGACCUUUUAGAAUAAGGCACGGUACUUCACCAUGAAUUAACAUUUUUAAUUACCCCAUUAACAUUGUGUUGUUUGGCAGACGCUUUUAUUGAUACAAUAAUCAAUACAAUAAACUAAAAAAACAGGGAUAAUUAAAAUGUACAUCGAAGAUGAAUAAUAACAACAGAAAAGACAAAGAAGCAAACCAAAGCUGAAGAGAUUUGUCAAAUUGUAGAUUUAGAGUUCGAAAGUGUGUUUGCGCAUGUCCCGCAGGCUUUACACGGAAGCGAUGCAUUCAAGAUCAGACAUGGAUCAUGAGCUUGAAUCAAUCGACUGGGAUAGUCCAUCGUAUACUCUAGCAGAGUUUCUAAGUAGCUACACAUUACCUCAAAUAGUAUGUGUACGAGACGGCUAUCUAGACAUAGAAGAAAUCACGACUCUUUCUACCGAUCAGAUCAUGACUUUGCAUUUUGUAAAGCCAUGUAAAAUGCUCAAAGGCUUUAGCGAAACUAAAAAGACAGAACAGCUAUCUAUACCUGUAAACACCGUAGGAAAGAUUGAAAUACUGCCAGACAAGCUCCCUACGAUAUACAAAAGUGUUAAAGCGGUGAAGAACGACCCUCGAGUAAAGAAAGUUUUAUCACUACACAACCAUGCAUGGCUGGGCAUAAAAGAACARGAUGUCUUGAAUAUUGAAGGUUGUAAGAAGAAACAUGGCAAGGAAUAUCUACGUUGCUCGGUGAUAAACAGAGAUGGAAUAAUCAUUGAGUUACCAAUUUCCUAUCAAGCGUGUUUUCACUCGUACGAAGAACCAAAUACCAUUGCUAUAAGAGACGUGGAAAAGCACUGUACUUUCCCUUGUACUGUUAGAAUCAAAGCAAGCGCGCCAACCAAGCCAGACUAUGACCCUGAAGAUAGGUCAGAAUUCUUGGAUCUCAGUAGUUUCGGACGAAUUAAACUAAUGGGAAUUUAUGAUUAUGAUAAAAUAGUAGCAAGUAUCCGUCAUUUGGAUAAAGUAAGAAUAAUGCAGAUCCCAAUAAGCCUUGAGAUUACGGUUUGCACAGGAAAAGAAGCAAACCAGAAAGACAGUGAAUACUAUCAACUAUGUGUGGAAGUUCACAAUAACACACAAUUCCAGCAGAUGGAAGGAGAAGAUCAAUUUGAAUAUGUCAAGAUGGGUAACAAUGAAGACAAGGUCGAUAAUAUUUACGAGUAUAUUGACUUCAGAUAUGUAAAGCCACCGAUACCGCCGCGACCAAGCAGUGCGACUGCUGAAAAAUCAGGCAACACUCCACCGCCAGUUCAACCCAAACCACUAACAAAACCUAAGCCAACUGACCAACAGAAUCCACCUCUAGAACAAAUCCCCAUUCCAUCAUCGCCAACAAAAGAACAACCAAACUCUCAGGACUUUUCGAUACCUGAUGACCUGACAGCGCUGAAUGUCGAAGGCGUUACCGAUAGCCUAAAAUACUUAAAGAUGGAUCAAUACAUAGAAAAGUUUAAGGAGGAGCUUAUUGAUGGGACGAUGCUAGUUGAAUUAAGCGAAGACAUGAUGGAAGAAUCUCUUGGAAUAACGAGUAGUCUUCAUAGGAAAAAACUCAAGAAAUUUAUAGAUGGUUGGAGGCCUAAGUAAAUAAGCAUAUAAACAAGCAGAAAGAAAAUAACCUAAUAUACGUGUAAACAAUCUUAUAUUCACUGAUUCACAUUGGAAAUCUGAUAACAAAUUGUCUGGUGGAAGUGAAACUGAGAUUGCUGUAACAAUCAAUCACAGAGGAGCAAAGGGAAGGACAUUAUCAGCAAUGAAUACUGAUGCUGCAGAUAUGAAACCCCACACGUCAACCUGUACUGCAGCUGUACAUUUGCAUAUCGCUUAAAGAUAAAUACUUUUACAUAAAAAAAGAAUAUUAAAAAAAGUUAUCUAAAACGAAGGGUUCACUGAUGAACUGUGAAGGAAAUAAUUUAGUCAAAAAACAUGGACUCAGAAAUAUUGCGACCAUUCCUAAAUCCAUGAUUGCUGCUGUGCAUCAUGAUUCAAUUGAAUAAAACUGUGAAUUAAUCGCCUCUGAUAUUAAAACUAAUAUUGUUAUAGUCGGUAUAUCUAAUAUUAUCUUUUGUGUCAAUUGACUACUGUACCUUGACAAUAUUAUAAAAUAUUUCAAAAACGUUUAUAUUUUCAUUACAAGUUCACAAAACCAUGUAACUACUGUCUUAAAAAUUAAAUAAAAAAAAAAAUAUAAGUCAUAAAAAUUCCACGAAAACAUUGUGGCAUUUAAUUUUAGUUGAAUUCUGAACCGCUCAAAUACACGAUUCCUGAUAACACUUUCGGCAAAUUAGGGAUUAUCAUCAAUCAGUCGUGUCGAACUAAUCAACUUGAUUAUCACCAAAAUUAGGUACCAUUUCAGUUUCGAGGGACUAUUAGAAUAUUCAAACGAUGCGUGAAUGCAGUUAUGAAGUAGUAAUCAAUAACUAUUUUCACACUGUGACCCUGACCAAGUUUAGCAGGGUCUAAAAAUCUUUCAGGAGAGGAAGACUGAAUAUCGUCUGUCUGUGGUUCAGUUUGUCGCUGUGUCGUGGAAUAUCGACUGCUCAACUCAGAGAGGGUCAUGAAGGGGUAUUGAAUGUUUUUAUGGUUUGUUGUUUUUGU